AUGGACAAGAUUUGCAAACGAAAUCAAGAGGAAGCUGUCGUCCUAUCGUAUAAUCAGAGGACCAUUCGCGAGGUUGUCUCACCUUUUAUGACGACGGCAGUCGCAAUUCUGCAGGAUAAAGAUCCCAAGCUGCAGCUGAAUGCAGAAACGAGUCUCAGAGAAAACUUUAAUCAAGGCGCGCCACAGAAUAUUGCUCAACUGCAUAGUGUGGCAGAGGGAACAGAGAAAAAGCGGAAGAUAAGUCAGACAGAUUUCGACGAAGACGAGAAAGACCGAUCUAGCAUCAAAAUAUACGGGAUAAUAACAAACGGGAAGAGUGGAUGUUCAUUCGUUGGCUUGACCCAUCCAAGAAUUGAAAUAAUGCCCACGUAUCUCUGUCCGUCUUUAAUGGUGAUCUAG